AUCAUUUCAAUUUUAAAUUCCCAAUUUCAAUUUCAAUUUCAAAUUUCCACUUCCAGUUUAGGGUUUUCAAUUUAGGGUUUUAAAAAAAUCAUGUUACUGAAGGCAUCACCAGCUUUGUCCCUGUUAAAUACUCAUCAUGGAGACAAUAUAUUGAUGGGUUGUUCUUCAUUUUCCAGUAAGGGAAAAAAUGGAACUGGGUUUGUUGUUUGUGCAUCAAAAAGCGCUAAUAAUAAGCCUUUAACCGGCGUCGUUUUUGAGCCGUUUGAAGAAGUGAAGAAGGAACUUAAUUUAGUUCCUAAUGUUCCUCAGGCUUCUCUUGCUAGACAAAAAUAUACUGAUGAGUGUGAAGCUGCUUUAAAUGAACAGAUUAAUGUGGAAUACAAUGUCUCGUAUGUGUAUCAUGCUUUGUUUGCGUAUUUUGACAGAGAUAACGUGGCGCUCAAGGGUCUUGCCAAGUUUUUCAAGGAAUCAAGUGUUGAAGAAAGAGAGCAUGCUGAGAAAUUUAUGGAAUACCAGAACAAACGUGGAGGAAAAGUGAAGCUGCAGUCUAUAUUGAUGCCUCUUUCUGAGUUUGAUCAUGUCGAAAAGGGAGAUGCGUUGUAUGCAAUGGAACUUGCUUUGUCACUGGAAAAGUUGGUAAACGAAAAGCUAUUGCACUUGCACAGUGUAGCUGAGAAGAACCACGAUGUCCAGCUGACCGAUUUUGUCGAAAGCGAGUUCUUAACAGAACAGGUGGAAGCCAUUAAGAAGAUCUCUGAAUAUGUUGCUCAGCUGCGAAGAGUCGGCAAAGGACACGGAGUAUGGCACUUCGACCAGAUGCUCCUCGACGGGGAAGAGGCGGUUGCUGCAUAAUGACUGAGAUGCUCUAUGUGCUGUUUAAGUAUGGUUUUUAUAAGUUUGUCGAAAACUCGAAUGCUGUCGUUUUGAGUCGGUAGGGUUUGAUCAGAAAUUUUGGGGUGUGGUUAGACAUUAGAUAUUGUUGAUAAAUGCUAGAGGUUUUUAAAUGGAUUUAGUACUCUUUUAGCUAAAGUAGUUGACAUAUAUAUGGAUGCCAUUUAUUCCUAAUAUUUUGCGUUUUUGUUAA